AUGAACAGAGGUCGUGGAGGAAAAAGUUUUAGAGGUCGAGGUGUUGUAAGUGGGUUCACACCUUCACAAGGUCCACCAGCUCAAGUUACAGGUGAUAUGGUGUGCCUUUCUACCAAUAAAAAGAUCCCAUAUUUCAAUGCACCAAUUUAUCUAGAAAAUAAGAAACAAAUUGGUAAAGUGGAUGAAAUUCUUGGCCCUAUGAAUGAGGUUUAUUUUACUGUAAAAUUGCAAGGAGGUUUUGUGGCCACAUCAUUUCAACUUAACGAUAAAGUUUUCAUUGGUGAGGAUAAAUUAUUACCUAUAGAAAGAUUUUUACCAAAACCUGCUUCCCAAAAUAAAGUACCAAGGAGAACAGAUCGUGGUCGUGGAAACAAUCGUGGUAUAGGUCGAUUUUCUCGUGGUCGUGGUGGGGGUAGUCGUGGCGGUCGUGGUGGGGGUGGUUAUAGUGGAGGUGGUCGUGGUGGGGGUAGUCGUGGUGGGGGUGGUUAUAGUGGGGGUGGUCGUGGUGGGGGUGGUCGUCGUGGUGGAGGAGGUCGUGGUGGAUUUCGUCGAGGUUAUUAA